GUUAACGUUUAAAGGUCCGAGAUUUGCAAUGCGUUAACAAUUUUAUUGUUACUCAUGAACAUUAACUCAAUAAUUAGCAGCAAUUUCUACAAGAAAAAAUAAAAAAAUUGUAACAUGUGUCGAAUAUUAAUUUCAACAAUAUUUUUUACUGUUUUAGUUCAUCUUCAUGUCAAUCCAUUUGUAUCGGCAGUGUCUGAAUUCUAUCCUUACGUAACAUGUGGCUCUGUUAUCAAGUUACUGAAUAAUAAUUUUAAAGUUCGUCUGCAUUCACAUGAAGUGAAAUAUGGGUCUGGAAGCGGUCAACAGUCUGUUACUGGGAUUGAACCCACGGAUGAUGUGAACAGCCACUGGGUCGUCAAAGGGAAAAGUGGAAAGACAUGUUUGAGAGGGGAGCCCAUAGCCUGUGGAUCUACCAUCCGCCUGGAGCACCUGGCAACGAGGAAGAACCUUCACAGCCACCAUUUUCCUUCUCCCCUCUCCUCCAAUCAGGAAGUGAGUGCGUUUGGAGAAAAUGGAGAGGGAGAUACUGGUGACCACUGGAUCGUGGUCUGCAGUUCCGAUUUUUGGGAGCGUAGCGGAACCAUCCGCCUGAAGCAUGCAGAUACAGACAUGUUCAUGGGAAUGUCUGGACACUCUUACGGUCGACCCAUAUCUGGACAACGCGAGGUGUGUGCCAUCUCAUACUCGGACAGCAGUUGCUACUGGAAGACAGGCGAAGGCGUGUUCAUCAAGCCUUCCGAAUCUCCCAAUCCGGCCAUCGCACAUGUUCACUCUGAACUUUAAAGGGAUGGAACAUAGAAAAUAGUGAUUGGUUUUGGAGGAGACUUUCAGUUGUGUAGGUUUUUGCCACUCAGUGUCUUUUACUAUGGUAGCAUUGGAGGCAAAAUUUUGUUUCACGUGCUCUCCUUGUUUAAUCAAGAGCCAAAGAUCUACAUGAACAAAAAUACAAUAACCCCUCGUUAUAUCUUGCUUGUCGGGAAACAACAAAAAAGUGUGAUAUAUACGAAAAGGCGAUGUAACAAUUCAGUUGUCGUACAAAUGACUUGUGCACUUACAAAAAAAAAAAGCUAAUUAUUACAUUCGGAUAAUUUUCUAACAAACAAAAGAAAAGCAGCUUACAAAUUGCAAAAUCUCUUUUAAAAUAAAAUGAAAAAUAAUUUUAAAUCUAUCUGUUUUUUUACCGUGGACCGCGAAUAAAAAGCUGCAACUACAACAAAUUUAGACGUAUGGAACACAUCAGUUUUGUUCAUUGAUUAAAAAGAAAAACUUUCUGAGAAAUUAUGAAACUUUUUUUUUACUCUGAUGCGAAAUGUAAAGCAACAUUCUUAAAAAAUAUUUUUUCGGGAGUCAAAGGAAAAGCAAAAUAUAUCGGAAUGAGCGAUACAACUACCCAUGAUGUUAUGAGGGGUUACUGUAAUAAGUGCUGACCAAACAGAGCACAAAGGAGCUCGGGUUACUAUCCUGAUAUAACCUCACCUUUAUGGUUGCUGUGCAGAGAUUUUAUUGCCAAAAUAUGGUGACCUCGACAAAAACCGUCAUUCUGAAAGUUCCUUCAUUUCUGCAUUGAAUACAAUUAAUUAAUACCGAAAUGAUGACUUGAGUUCUGAUCUAUGAUCCUACAAGUUGUCACUGUGUAAAAUAAAGUUCCCACUGUAACAUUUUAUUGUACAGAUUAUAAACUACAGUUAAACUUUUACCUACUUAUCAUCAGUGAUGUCGCAAAGGGGAAAUUAUAACCCAUAUGAGAAAUUAAAAUUAUGUACAUUGUACAUGCGUAUAAAUUAGUAUAUGGAAUGCGUAUGUGUGUAUAUAUGAAAUGUGUGUAUGUUUGUCUUAUAAGGGGAAAAAAACAUCCUUCAUGAAAAGUGUCACUAAGCCAUUACUUCUCAUAGAUGAAGCCUUUCAAUUUCAAUAUUAAUAAACAUAUCUUUCUAUUUUGAGAUAUUCAUGUCUAACAAAUCUUAAAUGAUGUCAGUUUCUUGAAAGAAUCUUUAUCGGAAAUUUUGGAGAAGGAACCAAUGCAUAAAGGAUGAAAUAUGCUGUGCAUUUCAUAUUAGUUUGUGUGGAACUUUUUUUCUUAUUUAGGCAAAAAAAUUUUUUUUUUCCAAAUACACUUAACUGUUUUUAGGGCUUCCCACAAAAUGUUGAGCUGGUAAAAAGUUUCUCAUAUGCCAUCUAUACUCUGGUAACCUACUCAGUGUUUCAAAAGCUUCUCUAGUUUGCUCUGAAGGUUUGAUCGACCUCACUUGCUUACAAAGUAGGAUAGUGAUACUUCGAGAAGCAUUUAGUCUAUCAUUUUUGUUGAUGUUAGUUUUGUAAAAUCUGGAAAACUCAUAUUGAUGUCAAGUAUUUUGGACCAUUUUGUGCCUUUUAUGGUUUAUAAUUGUUUUAGUUUAAAUAAUAUGUACAAAGUUUCAUUUUUUCAUAAUGAAAUGAAUUUUUCAAAUGUUUAAAAUUGUAUACCCUGUGAUACUUUCAUUUAUCUGCAAUUUUCUGCUCUUUAUUUAUUUAUUACUUUCUUCUAUCUAAAUAUAUAAA